AUGUUUUAUGUCAAAUUUUUUUUAUUUUUAAAAGUUAGACUUAUCUUGGAGCAACGAGUUUAUCAUAAUUUAUUUAAGCUUUAAAAAAUUGCUAAAAGGUCUAGAAAAUUGCGAUAAAUUUUGAGUAAAUUACUGAAUAAAAUAAUAUUGACAUUAAUUUUUAAAAAAUAUCUUAUCUUUAUAAAAAUAUUCCUUCCUAAAAUAUCCAGUUAAAAUAAUAUUAAGCCUUAAGGAUUCUAAGAUUUAUUUUCAAUUAUACCAGAUUCUAUUAAUCCAACAGAUCUUACAUUUUCUUUUUGUUAAAACAAUAUUAAUUCUGCUGAGGUUUAAAAAUUAAUCUAGGCUUUAUCUUAAAUAUCUAAUUUACAAAACUUAUAUCUAAAUUUGAGCAAAAACAAUAUUAUAGAUUCUAAUAUAUUAGAUUUAUUUUCUGAUAUAUCAAAAUUUCCUAGCCUUUAGUAGUUGAAUUUAAACUUGAGCUAUAACAAAAUUAAUGAGUUGCAUGCACAUAAUUUAUUUUCUAAUUUAUUAAAAUGCCCUAAACUUUCAUCUGUAUAAUUAAACUUGAGAGAAAAUUAAUUAAAGGAAAUAAUUACAAUAUAAUUCUAAUCAAAUCUAUCUUGCUUUAGUAAUCUUUAGAAAUUAGUACUUUAUUUAAAUCGCAAUUUAAUAGAUUUAUAGAAUGCAAUAAAUUUAUUUGAAUCUUUGUCGCAUCUAAAUAAUCUCUCAUAUUUGAAUUUAGAUUUAAAUUUAAGUGACAAUUGUUUUGAAAGCAAAAUUGAACAAGAAAUUAGCAAUUACUUAUCAAGACUGAAAAAUCUCAAAGUUUUGCAUUUAUAUAUUUAAGAUUGGCAAUUUUAUUACGAUCAGUAACAGAGAGAAUAGAUUAAAUUAAGACAUUAAAAGAUAAGAUGUGCACUAAUUAAAAAAUAAAAGAGGUUAAUUAUGUUAAAUAAAAGUGCUUGA